AUGUUUUCUUUCUUUCUUUCUUUGACUGUAAAACGAAGUGUUAACCAUUUGUUUACUUCUUCCUUUCUUUUUUCUCUCUCAUAUGUUCCUUCUUCCUCUCGACUCCUCAUUUAUUCCAUUAAAAAAGCACAUAUAAAUUUCCACACUUUUUUGACACUUGUCUUUUUUUUUUUUUUUUUUUCUUUCUUUCUUUCUUUCUUUCUUUCUUUCUUUCUUUCUUUCUUUCUUUCUUUAUUAUUAUCUGCUGCAUCGCUAUCUAUCUAUCUAUCUAUCUAUCUAUCUAUCUAUCUAUCUAUCUAUCUAUCUAGCUCAGUGUCUCUCUGUCUGUAUUUCUUUCUUCCUUUUUUUCUUUUUUCAUUCGUUCCUUCCUUAUGUAUUCUGUGCGACUCACAGUUUCCCAGCAACCCAAUUACUAUCAAUCUUUCUUUCUUUUUUUCUUUCUUUCUGUCUUUCUUUCUUUCUUUUUUUUAUUUCUCGUCGGUUGUUGCUUCGCCAUUGUUUUUUCUCCUUUUAUUUUUCUUUAAUAUUUCUUCACAAUUUUUUCUUUGUUGGCAUAUUUUAUUUUGCACUAAUACAUAUUUUUAUCCCUCAACACUUUUAUCAUUUCUUCUUCAUUGUGGUAUACAUUUUGGCCAUCUUCGUCUUUGCUUUUUCCUCUGCUUCUUGUUCUUGUUCUUUCCCAUCAACAUAACUUUAUUCUUAUUCUUAGCCUCUUCUUCAUUUCACCUUCCUUUUUGUCUUCUUCUUCUUCUUUUUCUUCUUCUUCUUCUUCUUUUUCUUCUUCUUCUUCUUCUUCUUCUUCUUCUUCAUCAUCAACAUCAAUUUAUUCUUAUUCUUAAGCACAUCUUCUUUUCACCUUCGUUUUCGUUGUUGUCUUCUUCUUUUUCUUCUUCCCCUUUUUCUUUUUCUUCGCUUAUUUCUUUUAUUUGUUUGGUUCUUCUUCUCCAUCAACAUCACUUCCUUCUUCUUCUUCUUCUUCUUCUUCUUCUUCUUCUUCUUCUAUCAACAUCACUUUAUUCUUAUUCUUCGCCUCUUCUUCCUUAUCACCAUUACUUUCUUUUUCUUCAUUGUUCCAUUUCUUUUAUAUCUAAGUAUAUCUUUAUUUUUUCAUUUUUUAUUCUCUUUUUUUAG